CCAGGAGAGCUGCCCGCUCUUUUUUUCUUUCCCUCCUUCCCCCCUCUCUCACUGCUAUCGAACUCGGCCCCUCCCUUUCUGCCUCUCGCACUCACUCUAUACCUUCCCCCUCCUCCCUCCCUUCGAAAGAACCUUAGCGUUCGGGCCUAACGGAGGAGAAUACCGAGCCUGAGGUGAGCGGGAAAGCCCGCCAGCGUUUUAGAGUAUUUUGGAUGACUUAUACAUUGUAAAAACAUCUGUCAAGCUUAGAUGUGUAUUAUGGUUUAUGGGAAAGACCACAGGGUGAUAAUUGAAAAAGCAAUUUAUGAUUAUUCAGUCAUGGAAGAAGAUGUGGCUGAGCUUGAGUUGCAGACAACAGAGCCACAUGCCUACUUUCACACUGCAGACUCCAGUGGGCCACACAUCAAUGGUAAUGAAAUAAUUGUGGAGAUCCAGGAAACAGUCUUUGUUUCAGACGAUGGGGGAAGAAUGGCAGUGCAAAGCUUUGGCCCAGAUGAUGGUGAAUCUGUGGUGAUUCAGGAUGUUAUUGAGGACGUGGUCAUUGAAGAUGUUCCUUGUGCUGACAUUAUUGAGGGAGCUCGUGUGUCAGAAACAGUCAUCAUACCAGAUCAGGUUCUUGAGGAUGAUGUUUGCCCUGAUGUUGAGGAACAGGUGCUAGAAGAUGAUUCCUUGACUCAUUGCGAGGUCCCAGAAAAUGUGUUGGACUCUGAGCUUGUGCAUGAAACAUUGUCUGUGCCAGAGCCAGAUCGCAUUGUUCAUUCUGUUUCGGAGCAUGUAGUGGAAGAGGAAAUUGCAGAGGAUGGCCUAGGAGAGGAGAUGGUUUCAGAAGAGGUCCUUGUGGCAGACUGUGCCUCAGAAGCCGUAAUUGACGCUAAUGGUAUCCCAGUGCAAGAGCAUGACGGCGAGGAAGUGAACUGUGAUGACUACCUCAUGAUCUCAUUGGAUGAUGCUGAAAAGCUUGAUGAAGAUGGUACAGAGGAAAUUACAAUGGGAGGUGAGGUAGAUGGUGACCCAAAUAAACUGGAUGGUUCCUGUCCUGAAGUCAUCAAGGUGUAUAUCUUUAAGGCAGACCCGGGAGAGGAGGACUUGGGAGGCACGGUAGAUAUUGUAGAAAGCGAGUCUGAGAAUGACCAUGGAGAUGGAUUUUUUGAUCCUCACACAGGAGGAAGACUCCCACGGGAAAAAAUGGUUUAUAUGGCUGUAAAUGACUCUCAAAAUGAAGACAAUGACUUGGAUGUUGCAGAGAUUGCAGAUGAAGUAUACAUGGAAGUGAUUGUUGGAGAGGAAGAUGCCUCUGUUACCCAUGAACAUCAGCUAGAAGAUACUGAACUGAGCAAAACAUUUAUGCCAGUAGCAUGGGCUGCUGCUUAUGGUAAUAACAUGGGUAACUGCGCAGAUAGUGUUGAGCAUAGGAAUGGCACUGCCAGUGCACUUUUGCACAUAGAUGAGUCUGAUGGGCUGGACAGGCUAGCAAAACAGAAACUAAAGAAGAGGAGGAGAGGAGAAAAUAGACAAUACCAAACAGCCAUAAUCAUUGGCCCAGAUGGACAUCCACUUACUGUUUACCCAUGUAUGAUCUGUGGGAAAAAGUUCAAGUCCCGAGGGUUUCUGAAACGACACAUGAAGAACCACCCUGAGCACCUGGCCCGCAAGAAGUAUCGCUGCACAGACUGUGAUUACACAACAAAUAAGAAAGUCAGUCUGCACAACCAUCUGGAAAGUCACAAGUUGACAGCUGCAGUUGUGAAGGUAGAAAAGGAUUUGGAGUGUGAUGAGUGUGGUAAGGUGUUCUUGCACGCUAAUGCUUUGUUUGCCCAUAAGCUGACACACAAAGAGAAGGCUGGCAACAAAAUGCAUCGAUGCAAAUUCUGUGACUAUGAAACAGCAGAGCAGGGAUUGCUCAAUCGGCAUCUUAUGGCUGUGCAUAGCAAGAGCUUUCCACACAUCUGUGUAGAAUGUGGGAAAGGUUUCCGUCACCCAUCUGAGCUGAAAAAGCACAUGCGUACUCAUACUGGGGAGAAGCCCUACCUUUGCCAGUACUGUGACUAUAGGUCAGCUGACUCUUCUAAUUUGAAGACUCAUAUCAAGACCAAGCACAGCAAGGAGAUGCCGUUCAAGUGUGAUAUCUGCCUGCAGACGUUUGCUGACUCAAAAGACCUUCAAGCACACACUAUUAUGCAUCAGGAGAGUAAGAGUCAUCAGUGCUUGCACUGUGAUCAUAAAAGUUCCAACUCCAGUGACCUGAAACGACACAUUAUCUCUGUGCACACCAAGGACUAUCCCCAUAAGUGUGAGGUGUGUGAGAAGGGCUUUCAUCGGCCCUCAGAACUGAAGAAGCAUGAGGCAGCACAUAGGGGGAAAAAGAUGCACCAGUGUAGGCACUGCGAGUUCCAGAUAGCAGACCCAUUUGUACUAAGUCGGCACAUACUGUCAGUCCACACAAAGGAGUUACCGUUUAGGUGUAAACGCUGCCGAAAAGGUUUUAGGCAGCAGAUAGAACUAAAAAAGCACAUGAAGACGCAUAGUGGUAAGAAAGUGUACCAGUGUGAAUACUGUGAGUACAAUACCACAGACGCUUCUGGCUUUAAACGCCAUGUUAUUUCUAUCCACACCAAAGACUAUCCGCACCGCUGUGACUACUGCAAGAAAGGUUUUCGGCGGCCGUCAGAAAAGAACCAGCACACUAUGAAACACCACAAAGAGGCUAGCUUGGUGUGACCUUAUUUAUAGUGGACAUUUUCAAAAUAUUCCCGUUCUUGUAAAGGAUACUGUAAAGUUUUGUUGUGGCAGAUUUUUUUUUUUUUUUUUUUUAAAUAAAUAUUCUGCAGUUUACAUGCUUCUCAAAUAACUAACAUUUUUAUACUGCAGUGACGCUUUCUGUUUAUAGACCUUUGUAGGUUACUCUUCUUUUUUUUUUUUCUAAGCAUUUUUAUCCAGUCAAAAAAUAGUUAAUAUUGAAGAAAGCUGCUAAUUUUUAUCAAGUUUAAGUCCUUUUUAUUCAUUUUUUUUUUCUUCAAAGUUGUAACCUGAGCUUCCUGCUGCUGAAUUAAUCAAACUACAUAAGUUUCAGUCUUUAAAGAGUUGCAUUCCCUAGCAGGAAGGUGGUUUAAAUUAAAUAUACAGAGCUUAAAAACGUAAUUAUAUCCGUGUAUAAAAAGGGUAUUGUACCUUUUCUGCUGAUUGAAAAAUGUGUCUUUAGAAACGUUAACAUUUUGCCAUUUUUUUGAAUACUGAAAGAUGCAGCCUAUCAUUCUUAACAGUAUUAAAAUGCUUGCUACUCUUAUAAAUAAAUAGCAUUUUAAUUUCUGAUACAGAAAUAUGUAGUGCAUAUGGAUAUAAACUUUAUGGUGCCAAUUAGGUUUUUAUGGUAUCAUUUUAACAUGCUUUCAUAAAGAAAGCUUAAUGAAUUUACACUAUAUACAUUUGAGAUUUGUAUUUUAUUAUAAUGAAUGUGUGCCUCAUUCAUCUGUUUACAGGCAGCAUACAACAUUUUAAAGAAGCUUUAAUUAUAUCCAUUCGUAUGCGACAAACAGUUAAUUGCCAGCUAUAGUAUUUUAACUGUUUGGAGAGAGGUAUAUAUUUUUAUUUUUAUUUUACAAAUAUAUAAAUCAAUUUGCAAAAUGCUAUUCAAUAUAAAAAAGUAACUGUUUUAUUAUAUCUAUAAGUAAAGAAUAGUUUUGGCAAUAUUACAAAAAAAAAAUCCAAAUUUGAUUGUGUAAUGUUUGACAGUUUGAAUUUGGUGUGUUUAUAUGAACAUAUUCUUUUUCCGUUCACCUUUCUUAAUAUAGAAGUAUAAUUUAAAGGGAUAUGAAAUCCAAAAAAAGUAUUUUGUUAUUCAGACUUGGCAUAUAAUUUGAAAAAGGUUUCCAAAUGUGAAAUUUUGCUUUGUUUCAAUGGUAUUCUUUGUUGAAAGCUACCUAGGUAGGUGUCUGGAGCAUUACAUGGCAGGAAAUAGUGCUGCCAUCUAGUGCUCAGGAUAAUAUUCGUUAAAAACCGACCACAUAUUGCUCCAGAAACGUUCACGCUCCUGAGCUUUUCAACAAAAGAUACCAAGAGAAAACAGAUAAUUUGCUAAUUAGUAAAUUAGAAAGUUGUUUAAAAUUGCAUGCUUUAUCUGAAUCAUGAAAGAAAAAUAUUUGAUUUAAUAUUCCUUUAGUAAUUACAUAAAAAAUAUGAUAAUGACAAGUCUCUGAGCUUGCAUAUUAAAACUACCUACUAAUAAUUUAGGGCUAGUAAAGAUGAAAUAAUCGAUUUGACUGUUCAAACAUUGUAAAUUGGCUGCAUCACUUUUUUUUUCUUUUUUUUUUUUUCUUUUUUUUUUUGUAUGCUAUCUUGACUAUUACAAAUCCUACUACUCACAUUCCAAAAUGGCCAUGAAUACAUAUUAAUAACAGAGGUGAUGUUGCCAUUAUAUAGAAAAAUACCAGGUAAAUUGAAUUUUGCCCCAAAUCAACAAGACACUGCAUUUGAAUGAGAUUGGAGCAUGUGCAUAUAUUGGUAAUUGUGAUUUUUACUAAUUACAUUUUUUGCUAGCCCUAAUUUUAAGGAGGUCAGUGUACAUUUUCCUAUGCAUUACAUAAGAUUGGUGAAUAAUACAAAUAAAGUUUUUUUGUUUUUUAAUAAUACCUGAUAUGUGCAUUAUAGAGUUACUAUAAUGAAAGGUUAAUGUUUGUUGAUCGCAUUCUGUUCAUUUUUCACAGUAUGGCUAAAACUAGAUUACUUUUAAGCACUGGAUUGUGCUUCUUUCAUUCCUCCCUUACUGAGGAACAAUAUUACUAAACUCUGUCAUUGUGAUAUAUUGGCAAUUCUGCAUAUACUACCAGUCUUUGAAAUACUGUCUGACACAUGAAAUGCUGCUUUGGCAGUUCCAAAGACUGUCAAUGAAAUUUUAAAUUAAUUUUUAAUGUGAGUUUUAACAAGUUAAAAAAUUGGCACUUUUUCUACUGCUUUGUAGAUUGUACUUUGCUGACUACAUCUUUGAAAAUGUACAGUAUAGCUGAAUAUGCUGUUCACUAACUCUGUAGCCAAGUUGCAUACCCAAUUAAUUAACAGGAAACAUAGCUUUGCAAAUACGGGAACCGGCCGUAUAGUGGCACACGUCCUUGUUUGUGUAAGGUGAAAUGUGUUACCAGUGCAAAUGCUUUAUCCUUCUGCCAGUAUUUUGGGAACUUUAGAGACAAAAAAUUAUAUUGUGCAUAUAAACUAUCAAUCUAGCACUAUUUAGACACAAUACAUUUAGAUAAAUACAAAGUUUAAGUUAAAACUGUUUAAAAUAAUAUUGAAAUGAACAUGCAGUGCAUGUUUGUGCACAACAUACUUGAGUAUCAGUUGAUGUUUGGCUUAAAAAGGCCAACUGCAUCUGUUUUGAUGGACUUUGACAUGCUUCCACAGGAAUAUCUGCUAUCUGUUUAUAUUUAUAACUUCUUAAAUGCAAGAAAGAAAGAAAAAAUGUCCAUGGUCCAUAUACAUUAACUGGUUUUAAACUGCAGCCAAGCACCUUUUUGUACAACUGCACCUAUAUUAUACAUUAUUUAUAAUGGCACUUCUUUUUAUAUUCUGUAUACUAUCACACAUUAAUCCAGCUAGAAGGUUCCACUGGGGCAUGCUACUACCACAUUGUAAAAAAAAAAAUUUUUUGUGUGUGUGUAUUCAAAAAUAAUUUCAUAUUGCUCAACCUAUUUAAACACAUGACGAUAUUAAUUUUUACCAUUUUACAAGUAGAAUUGCAACUGAUUUAUUGUUGAAAUAGAGCUGUUCAUUAUUUUAAUGUUCUUUCUACUUACACUCUUACAGAAUAUAUACAGUAUAUAUUCAGGGGGGAAAAGUCCUGGGUUCCUAGAAGUGGUUCUUAGCCUUCUAAUAUAAAUACUUGCCCAUUUUUAGUUGGUUCUGAUUUUUUUUUUUGUAUUUAUUUUGUCCGUCUCUGUAUAUAGAGGUUUGCUUCAGCAUAACUAUAACUAUAAAGUCUGCUUAUGGCUGUUAGCCUCAUGACAACAGAUGUUUUCAACACUACACAGAAUGCUUUUGUUUCCAGAUUCAUUCUUGGAAUUGUGUAUUAGUUGAAACGUGGUAAACCUUUGCAGAUCAGCAUGUACUCCCUUUAGCUGAAAUUGAAAAUAAAAUAACCUCAAGGCAAAUGCUGGUGUUUCAGUGUUCUAGCGUAUAAAAUAUUUAAAAUGCACACUGUAUAUUUUAUCACAUGGACGGGACUAUACAUAUGUACAAUACUUCUUUUUUUUCUUUAAAUCUCAAUAUUAUAUCCUUGACCCUAAGUAAGGACUUGAUAAAGUGAAUUCUGUAAAAUAUGCAUCUGUAAAAAGAGAUUGUAGUAUUUGUUCAUGUAUUUCUUUUAGUUAUUGUGUUCAUAAGACUUUUUUUUCCCUUUGCAAGUGAUAUAAAAUUUGAAUGUUUUGGUUGAAUGUUUUUGAGGUACAAUUUUUUUUUAUACCAGUUACAUAAUGUAAAUUAUUCAUUAGAUAUGCUUUGUAAAAUAUUGUAUUGUCCUAUUAUCUGUACAAUUUUGUAUAAAAAGUAAAGCUGAAUCAAUAGAGGGACGUGAGAUGACCUUGUAAUUGUGUAAUUGAUAAUGUGCAAAAAUAAAGCUCAGAAUAUUUUUCUGUUUA